AUCGAGCUGGGAGCCCGAGAGGCCGGGAUGCUUUUCUGCCGGCCGCCCAGCCUUGCCACUCUAUUCCCGGGAGUUUUUCCUUCCCACCUCGGGCCCCGGGAGGUGGGAGCGGGGUCUUGAGGAACUCGCCUGGCCCGGGGAGAGGUGUCGGGGCUCAUUGCAGAGACUUAUCUUGUUCCCUCCCUUCUUCUCUGCCGUUGUAGUUUUACAGGGGCAAGUCCUGUCCAACGUGUACGGCGAGGCCCCGGCCACUGCUUUAAUGAGCAGUAGGUGUGGAGACGGAACAAUUUCGUGACCUCGAAUCUCUUGCACUUCUAUACCUCUCUGCCUCCGUGUCCAUAACACUUGCUGGUCACCCUUCAAAAGUCUCCAGUCCCUGAUGUCCAUUCCUAAAGUUACUAGUUUAUAAGCGUCUCGAGUUUCGUGACCUUGUCCAGUAGAAGGCUAUUUAAUUUUCACAACUGCUUGAAUUUUGACAUACAAGAUGAAGCAAGAUGCCUCAAGAAAUGCUGCCUACACUGUGGAUUGUGAAGAUUAUGUGCAUGUGGUAGAAUUUAAUCCCUUUGAGAAUGGGGAUUCAGGAAACCUAAUUGCAUAUGGUGGCAAUAAUUAUGUGGUCAUUGGCACGUGUACGUUUCAGGAAGAAGAAGCAGACGUUGAAGGCAUUCAGUAUAAAACACUUCGAACAUUUCACCAUGGAGUCAGGGUUGAUGGCAUAGCUUGGAGCCCAGAGACUAGACUUGAUUCAUUGCCUCCAGUAAUCAAAUUUUGUACUUCAGCUGCUGAUAUGAAAAUUAGAUUAUUUACUUCAGAUCUUCAGGAUAAAAAUGAAUAUAAGGUUUUAGAGGGCCAUACCGAUUUCAUUAAUGGUUUGGUGUUUGAUCCCAAAGAAGGCCAAGAAAUUGCAAGUGUGAGUGACGAUCACACCUGCAGGAUUUGGAACUUGGAAGGAGUGCAGACAGCUCAUUUUGUUCUUCAUUCUCCUGGCAUGAGUGUGUGCUGGCAUCCUGAGGAGACUUUUAAGCUAAUGGUUGCAGAGAAGAAUGGAACAAUCCGGUUUUAUGAUCUUUUGGCCCAACAGGCUAUUUUAUCUCUUGAAUCAGAACAAGUGCCAUUAAUGUCAGCACACUGGUGCUUAAAAAACACCUUCAAAGUUGGAGCCGUUGCAGGAAAUGAUUGGUUAAUUUGGGAUAUUACUCGGUCCAGUUAUCCUCAAAAUAAGAGACCUGUUCACAUGGAUCGAGCCUGCUUAUUCAGGUGGUCCACAAUUAGUGAAAAUCUGUUUGCAACCACUGGUUAUCCUGGCAAAAUGGCAAGCCAGUUUCAAAUUCAUCAUUUAGGACACCCUCAGCCCAUCCUCAUGGGUUCUGUAGCCGUUGGAUCUGGACUGUCCUGGCAUCGAACUCUCCCUCUGUGUGUAAUUGGAGGAGACCACAAGCUGUUGUUUUGGGUGACUGAAGUAUAAAGUGUUUUCUGUACCUUAGAUUCACAAACUUUGUAUUUUUAAUACAUAUUUUGAAGAAUUUCUAUAGUACAUAUUUUGAAGAAUUUUUAUAUCAAAUAUACCGUAUACUUUAGAAAAUGUCUCAGUUGCUUUUAUUAAAUAAAAUGUUGAUGGUUUGAAAAAUUA